AUGGCCGACCGCCCACGAUACAGCCGGGUACAACUAGAGCAAUACUUCGACCGGAUCGGACUUCCGGUGCCGGAGCGGCAUUACUCGGUGGCGGCACUGGCGGGGGAUGAUGAGCGGCUCGCAUACCUAUCGCUACUAAAAAAACAUGUACUCGUGCGCAUCCCGUUCGAGAAUCUGGCGCAGCACUACUCGUGGCAUCGCACCGUCGACGUGCGACCACAGCACGUGUUCGACAAGAUCAUAAGGAACCACCCCCCAGCCAGAGGCGGGUACUGCAUGGAGGCCAACACGCUCUUCCACACCGUGCUUCUAAGCCUCGGGUACAAGGUGUUCAUGGCGGGCGCGCGGGUGUACACGCCGGAGCACGAGCGAUACGGCGGGUUCUCGCACUGCGUGAACAUUGCAACUAUCGGAGACCAGCGGUACAUGCUGGACGUCGGGUUCGGGGGGAACGGCCCAACGGGGCCGAUACCACUGGUAGCAGCUAAGGAGGGUGGGAUGGGUAUGCCGCACGUGCGCGGGUCGCCGGCGCGCAUCCGGUUAGUCCGCGGCCCGAUCCCGCAGCAAGUCGACCAGGGCUGCGAGGUAUGGAUCUACCAGCACUGCGUCGACCCGAAAGAAGGCGGCAAGAACGCGGAGGCGACGUGGACACCGCUGUACUGCUUCGUCGACUUCGAGUUCCUACCCGAGGACAUCCGCGGCAUGAACCUGAGCCCAUGGCGCAGCCCAACUUCGUUCUUCACGUACCGGGUGAUGCUGACACGGUUCACGACAAACUUGGAGACAGACGACGCGAGCCAGGGAGGGGGGCCAGGGCAGGCGAGCGAUCGCGCGGUCUCGGAGGGAGAGAUCGACGGUGCGCUGAUCUUAUUCCACGAUACACUGAAGUGGAGGCGCGGCGGGCAAACGCGGGUCGAGAUCCGGCUCGAGAGUGAGGCCCAGCGUAUCGAUUCCAUGCGUCGCUACUUCGGCAUUGUGUUGGCUGAAGGGGAUCGCGAGGCGAUACACGGAACAGCAAGCGAGCUUAAGUAG